AGCCUUAUGUUAAUAUUUAUUUUGUACAGUUAUAUUUACAUGUAUUUUCAAUCAAUAUAAAAUGUAAUUUAUAACUCCCAGUCAAGUUAUUUUAAAAUUUGAGUUUCAAUCGAAAUUCACCAAAUGCUACAUUGACAAAUGUUGCCAAGGUAGCAUUAAAUAUCACCAGCCAUCACCAUGAUUCCAUGGCUCAAGAAAAACAAGGCUUUGUAUAAAUCGGGAAGAUUAUCUGUCAAAACGAAAGGACUAGAGAACCAGCCUGGACAGAAUAACUGCUUUCUCAAUAGUGCCGUUCAAGUACUUUGGCAUUUGGAUGUUUUUCGAACUAAUUUUGCUCGAAUGACUGGACAUAAUUGUGUCGGCGAAAGUUCUUGUAUAUUUUGUGCCAUGAAACAUCUAUUCGCAAGGUUCAAAUACAGCGAUCAGGAGAUUCUGCCGCCGACGGAUUUAAGAGUUGCAAUGUCCAUCAUAUAUCAAGCUCAAAACAGGUUCCAACUUGGGCUUAUGGAAGACGCCGCUGAAUGUUUUGAAAACCUUUUACUUCGAAUCCACUCUCAUGUGGUUGAAGAAUCUACCUCAGAAGACAAUAUGUGUUCCGCAAAGCAUUGUAUUUCUCACCAAAAGUUCGGCAUGAUGUUGAUAGAGCAGGGAGUUUGCGAAUGCGGCGAAACUUCCGAACCUUUACCGUUCAUACAACUCGUACAUUAUGUUUCCGCAACAGCUCUAUGUGCUAAAUUGAAGGCAAGAAGAAAGUAUUAUCGGGCAGCGGAUAAAGAAGAAAAAUUUGCGCGAUUGAUUCGAUCCGUCAGUAGAGGGAGUAGAAAAUGCCCGAGCAAUUGCGGAUCGGAAAUCGCAACACGGACUUCACUGAUGAAUGCCCCGGACGUGAUAAGCAUUGGGGUAAACUGGGACAGUGAAGAGCCAGCAAUAGAACAUAUUAUAGAUUUUAUACACACAUUGAGCACAAUGAUAAAGUUACAGGACAUGUUCGACUCCGUUUUAGAUAAAAAUGCGCAGCGUAACGAAUACCAUUUAUCAGCUGUUGUGUGUUACUAUGGCAAACAUUAUUCAACUUUCUUUUUCAACCGUAAAGCCAAUCGGUGGCUUUCAAUCGAUGAUGCAGCAGUUAGUGAGGUCGGAAAGCAUUGGCGUGAUGUUCUUAUAAAAUGUAUUAAAGGACAUUACCAGCCAUUAUUACUACUCUACACAAAUUACGCAGCAGAAUCAAUGAACUUCUCCAGUGGCCCAACCUCCAUUAGAAAAAUUGCAUCUAGUGUCACAAGCUCUCCUGCGCUGUCACGAAGGGACUCGGAAGCUGCCUCAUCUAGUUCUAGCGGAAGCCUCAGUCCAGCUCAUGUCCCAAUGCCGGUACAAAAUGGCAACUCAACUCGUCCUAAAAAGUUUCAAUGGAACACGUCUGUCCCUAGUAGGGGUACCGGCCACUAUAAAGAACCCAAAGCGGGGACUUCAUUUUUGACUUAUAAACCUUAUGAGAAUCCGAGUAAAAACUCUAAUUCUUUUAAAGUUUCAUCGAAUACAAAUAACAGCAACGAUAUCAAUGAAAAUUUAAGAGGGUUCCCUACUUUGUAAACCACUCGUUACUGAAACACAACCUCAUGAGGUGGAAAGGGGAGCUUGACCCAGGAAGAGAUUACUCCCUGAAGUCAAAAGUCACCCUUCAGUCUCAUAUAACCAUCUAUCAUUGAUAUCGGCAAGCUAUCAGUGUAUAUUUAAUUUGAUCCACCUCUAUUGCCAAAGUGUCCUGAUCCUGAGCUUCAUCUUAUUCCACCCUAGUUGUAGUUUCACACACUGAACAAGGCUAUGUAUAAGAAGUCAG